CAAUUGGGUGCUGCUGGGAGCGUCUGUACCGUGCGUGCUGCGUCUCGCCUCUGUUUCUGUCGUUCUGGCAUCAAGGAAGGCUAAUCCUCGCGCUCUGAAUCAUCUGCUGCUCGCCUGUUCCUAUUCAGUUCCGUUCCACGGUUUUUGCUUCCCCGAGUCUCGUCGUCACACACAUCCUCACUCACUAUUCUUCACAAACACAUUCCAUUCCGCCCCGCAUAUCCCAGCUCCGCCCCCCUUUUCUAGCUCCUGGUGCCACACUCCCCCCCCCCCCCCCCCGGAGCUGACUCAAAUCCACUCGUCUUCCACACUCCCCUCUGUUGUUUUUUUAGCAAAGGAAGCAUCGCAUCCUACAAAGAGUGAGAGAGUGAGUGAUUGAGUGAGAGCGAGCGAGCGUGCGCACAACAUCUGGAGACUUAGCAGCAGACAUCUGGAGGGAGCCGGCGACCCAUCGAGUGGAGGAGAGAUCGGUCUUUGUAGAGGAGUCCUUGGCAUUGCGCAAUAUGGGUGGUGUAACUGCAACGACAGUUGAUCCUAGAUAGAACACGCGAAAGGUUCUCCUGAAGGAGAUUGAAUCGUGGUGUAUCCAUGCGACGGCACAAGCAGACGUGCCAGGAAGAUGAUGCAGCACAUCAGAUUGCCGACAACUUUAUGUCUUUAGGUAGUUGUCAAGGAAGCUUGUGUGAGGACGUAGAGCUGAAAUGGGGGCUAAGGUGUCGACCGACCGCGAUGGCUGGAUAGAGGAUUCUAUGUCAACAAACGAUGGAAGCGGGACAACGUCGAAGCAAAAUUCGAUGCACGACGAGAUUGUCGAGGUUCGGAAAGAAGGGGAGUCUACCGAGGAGCUGAGUGUGCAUUUCGGAUAUCAGUGUCAGUCAAACCAUGGAUCCUCGGGAGGUCACCAGAAAUUGCCCUCACCCUCCAAGGCUGUCUCCCCGGUAAGCUCCGAGGACUCAGUCUCCGUCACUCUACUCAACGGAUUUCGCAACGCCCGGAGAAACAGUUCAUUCUCGUCGUUGUCAGGUGCUGCGUUGGGCGCAAACGCAACGCUGGCUAACAGCAGCAUAUGCAAUGGCAAGCUCGGGGAGGAAAUUCUUCCCGGCUUGGAUUCUCCCAAAACUUUCAGGAAGAUGGACUCCCUGUACCGAACCUCCUCGCUGAAGAGCGACUUGUCUUCCCUGACGAUCCUGAACAACACUCGGACCAGCAUCGGCAGCCAAUCCGUCCCCGCUGAGCUUGGAGACUUGUCUUCAUACGCAACGACCUUCGAAAAUGCGAACCGGAGCAGCUUUCUGAAUGCCAAGGAUGUGCAGAUGGCGGGAGGCGCAGCGGGGGAGGAUCGUGUGCAGGCUGUGUGCUCGGAGGAUAAAGGAUGGUUGUUCUGUGGGAUCUACGAUGGAUUCAACGGUCGUGAUGCGGCAGACUUUUUAGCAGGAACUCUGUACGAGAAUAUUGGCUUGCACUUGCGCUUGUUAGAGCACAAGGCGCAGAAGCGGCAAGCGCUCCUCGACGCCGACGACAGCCAGAACUCCGGGGACGAGGACGUCGCGAUGAUAGAUGAUGACCUAAUUGGUGCACAGCAAGCAACGAGCGCCAGCAACUCCGCAGACAGCGACAUGGACACCAACAUGGACGACUUCGGGGUGCUAACUUACGAUGGCGUUUCGUCACACAUAGAAAGCUCAGACUUGCCACAGUUCCGGCAAGGCGUCCUUGACGGGCUACGUCAAGCGCUGAUGCAAACGGAGAGCGAUUUUCUGGAGAAAGUCGAGCAGGAGAUGCAUGAGCGGCCUGAUCUCGUUAUGGUGGGUUCAUGUGUUCUCGUAGUGCUUAUGUAUGGGCGCAGCUUGUACACUUUGAAUUUAGGCGACAGUCGGGCUGUUCUCGCCACCGCUAAAGCUCCUGCCAACAACGCUGUGAGGAGACCCGGCCCUUUGUACGCCGUCGAGCUGACACAGCGCCAUGUCGUUGAAGAUGCGCGCGAACGGGAGCGUGUGAUAAGCGAGCACCCCGAUGAUCCCCGCGCCAUUUGCAACGGCCGCCUCAAAGGCAAGCUGCGCGUCACUCGCGCCUUCGGUGCUGGAUACCUGAAGAAGGCUUCUAUGAACAAUGCAUUGAUGGGCAUAUUGCGCGUCAAGGACUUGAGCAGCCCGCCUUACUUGACAGUCACACCUGCGGUGAGCAGGCUAGAGGUCCAGCCCGGGGAUAAGUUUGUGGUGAUUGGGAGCGAUGGCUUGUUUGAUUUCUUCACGAAUGAGGAGGUGGUGGAUCAUAUCAACCGCUUUUUGAUUGAGCAUCCCACGGGUGAUCCUGCCAAGUACAUGGUGGACCAGCUACUGCUUCGCGCUGCUAACAAUGCUGGGAUUCCGGUGGAUCAGCUGAAGGCGAUACCGAUAGGGCGCAGGAGGAAGUUCCAUGAUGACGUGACCAUCAUCGUGGUGGACCUCCGAACAGAAUUUUCCGCUGCCAAAGCUUCGACUUUCUCCUGACGAGGGGAAUUCCAAUGUAGCGAGAUAGUUUUUUUAUUUGCCAUAGAAGAGCGGGCCAUGUUGGCAGCCAUUCAACUGCCACAGCUCUUCCUGGUGCGGUCAUUUUUAAAGCACCAGCACUGGAAUCACGGUUGCGAAUAACAAUAGUAAUGACGAAAUUCUAUUAAAAUUCUUGUUUUGACGUUACCAUAGUGACGAUGAUUGAUUCUUCUUCUACUUAGUUGUAAAUAUGAGCUUAGGUGUGUGCACCCGACGGCCAACUUUAGGUUGACUCCCGGUCACAUUAUCGAUCUAUCUUUGGUCUUUGACGGCCGAGCAACGAUGAUGUUUUCUGAGUGACUACUCAUUGAUGCAUGUAAUGUUAGCCCGAGUAAAGUUCUCCCAAAGUGUAAGUAUGUUUUUUUUAUUUAGCA